AUCCUAAAAGAAAGCAAACCAAAGUGUAAGCAGUCAAUGCAGAGUUCACCUUGUAAAAUCUUGUAUAUAAGUUUAGGAAUACCGCAGAAAUUUACAAUCUCUACUGGACACCAUAGUUGAAGAGUCCCAUCAGUGGCAGAAAUAGAAAGAGCUUUUCUUUAUCAUCUAACACAUACAUUGAACUCUCAACAAGAUACUGCAUAAAUCUCUGCAACCUACGUAGAAAAAUGUCUUCCGAUCUUACGAAAGUCAACCUGUUCCUGACAACAGCCUUGCUCGUGUUAGUAGUAGAUCUGUGCGCUUUAGAUCGUAGGAAAAGAGACACUAUGUCAGAUGAAUUCCUAGAGUAUUCCAGAUUACAACGCAGACGAGCCCAGCACGUCCAACUACGAAGUAGAAGGCGUUAUGAAGAACACAGACAGGAACUAGAAACAAUUUUAUCUCCAUUACCAGAGUACCAGUCCACAGAAAAGAAGCCAGAAAGAUAUUUUUAUUCAUCAAAUUCAAUCAACUCAAAUGAACAUGACAUCAGAAAUAGACGUUCGUUUGAUGUUGAGUCUCCCGUACCUGCAUGUCCAUCCGAUGUUACUUGGCAGAGAUUAUCCUCUGCUAUAGACUUGACCGGUGUGACAGUGACUUUAGUUCAGCACCCAACGGCACAACUAUUUCUGAUAGUUAGAUGCAAGCACCACAAUUGUUGCUUAGGGAUAGACAAUAGAAGACCUACUUAAAGAUGACGUCCUUGACACGCAUAGAAUAUAAGUCAGACCUAAAGCGUGAUCUAUUAAUGACAUUAUAAAUAGCGAAACUGACAGAUGUGGCUAUGUUAUGCUUAAAAAGGAAAGACCUAUUCUAUGCUAUGAUCAAUACUGAACCAAGGAGCAAAGACAAAGACAAACAUCAGUCAAUCGCAAGAUUCGCACUUUUGAUUAUUCAUGUUUGUAUAAUCAUAAUGUAAUAUUAGUGUUGACACUAAAUAUUUCAAGCCUCU